GGGGUUACGUGGUGACGUUAAUUCUAUAUGAGCGCGAGCGGCGGGAGCGCGGGUCCUUUCACCGCCGGCCGCGCGGCGCCUCCGCCUCGCUGCUCCUGAGUCACCGCCGCCCGCGGGCCGCGCAGUGUUUGAUAUCUACCAGAAUGGCAGACAUAGACAACAAGGAACAGUCUGAACUUGAUCAGCAGGAUAUGGAAGAUGUUGAAGAAGUAGAAGAAGAAGAAACUGGUGAAGAUGGCAACAGCAAAGCUCGGCAGUUGACUGUGCAGAUGAUGCAAAAUCCUCAGAUUCUUGCAGCCCUUCAGGAAAGACUUGAUGGUCUGGUGGGAACAUCUGCAGGAUAUGUAGAAAGCUUGCCUAAAGUUGUUAAAAGACGUGUGAAUGCUCUCAAGAACCUUCAAGUUCAGUGCGCGCAGAUAGAAGCGAAGUUCUAUGAGGAAGUUCAUGAGCUGGAACGAAAGUAUGCUGCUCUAUAUCAGCCCUUAUUUGACAAGCGAAGUGAAAUCAUCAAUGCCAUUUAUGAACCUACAGAAGAAGAAUGUGAAUGGAAAGCAGAUGCUGACGAAGAACUUUCAGAGGAAAUGAAAGAGAAAGCUAAGCUUGAAGAAGAAAAAAAAGAUGAAGAAAAAGAAGACCCUAAAGGAAUCCCUGAGUUUUGGCUGACAGUAUUCAAGAAUGUGGACUUGCUCAGUGAUAUGGUUCAGGAACAUGACGAACCUAUCCUGAAAUACUUAAAAGAUAUAAAAGUGACAUUUUCAGAAGUUGGACAGCCUAUGAGUUUCACAUUAGAAUUUCAUUUCGAACCAAAUGACUACUUCACAAAUGAAGUGUUGACGAAGACGUAUAGAAUGAGGUCAGAGCCAGAUGAUUCUGAUCCCUUUUCCUUCGAUGGACCAGAAAUCAUGGGUUGUACAGGUUGCCAAAUAGACUGGAAAAAAGGAAAGAAUGUUACUUUGAAAACCAUUAAGAAGAAACAAAAACAUAAGGGCCGGGGAACAGUCAGGACGGUGACAAAAACUGUUUCCAAUGACUCUUUCUUCAACUUCUUUAGUCCUCCUGAAGUUCCUGAAAGUGGAGACCUGGAUGAUGAUUCUGAGGCAAUCCUUGCUGCAGACUUUGAAAUAGGUCAUUUCUUGCGUGAACGUAUAGUCCCCCGAUCAGUAUUGUACUUUACUGGAGAAGCUAUUGAAGAUGAUGAUGAUGAUUAUGAUGAAGAAGGUGAAGAGGCAGAUGAUGAGGAGGGAGAAGAAGAAGCAGAUGAAGAAAAUGAUCCUGAUUAUGACCCAAAAAAGGAUCAAAACCCAGCAGAAUGCAAGCAGCAGUGAAGCAGUGUGUCUGUGGCCUUGAGGAUUACCUGCACUGUAAUAGCCUAAACACAACUAUUAGUUACUUACAGCCUUAUGUUUUGUAUCUUGGUAGAAUUAAGUAACCAAUUUGUUAAAAAAAGAAAUUGAACAUGUAAGAACCAGUUUAAAAUGUAGGUUCAAUCUACCUAGCAUUUUAUCAGUAUAAUUUUCUGCCAAUAUGUAGAAUGCAGUAAAUGCCCUAAAGCAUGAAUGUUAAUUCAUUGCUACAUAGUUUGGUUCUUGUGAAGUCUUUGUCAUGUAGCUAUUAGACUGCAGCUGUGAAGAUGAUCAGAACUGUUAACUGAGACCAAUAUUUGUUUAGAGAAAACUCUCUCCUGAAGAACCAACCAAAGUAUUUUUUCAGCCCAGUAGUCUGAACGGGUUUAAGUCUGCUUGCACUAGCUGUGCCUUCAUUACUUUGUUAUAGAAAUGGCAGUGACUUGUACUAACUAGGAGAUGAUGAUGCAUUUUGAAUUUGACUACUUGAGAAGACUAGUAUAAAUUGUUUAAUUUCCUGACGAGACCACAUUAAACAUUCAUAACUGUCAGCUUGUUUAUGCUAAGGGUUUUGUAUUUUAUGUGACACAGUGAUCUACAGAAGAAACCUAGUCAUCAUAUUAAGGUUAUUGUUUACCACAGGGGUGUGAAUAAAACCUAGUAUUUUCAGAA